CAUUGUCCUUCACCGACACACAGGAAAUCAUUCCACCAUCCUCUUGAGGAUCGCCAUAAGAACUCGUUCUCUAUCUCCGAUCGUCUGACAUACCCUUCCUGAAUCUGGUGUAUCCUCCCCAGCGAUCCACCGCCACUCGAUUCCUGUUCUCUCUCUGCUUAGGCUCACUCACCUUCACAUUCCCUCGCCUGAUUGUUUCAAACCGUUCUCAUCAUGAGUUUUUCUUCCGCGGGCAACUCUGCCUGGCCCGCAAACACUUACGCGGCGGCUAAUACCCAUGCCGCGAAUGCUUACAUUUCAGUUCCUGCCCGCCAUACAUUUGGACCCCCGUCUUCAUUCCCACCACCGCAUCCUACGUUAGGCUUCAACGCGCCUACUCUACCUCUUCAACAACCCUACAUCCCUCCACCCCCUCCAAACACCGCUUCUGGAACGGCUUCUGUGCCCCAACCUGUGAAGAAGAAGACCGUCUGGUCCCCUGAAGUCCGUGACUAUGUCAACCGAUCAUUUGCCGUGGAAAACUCGAUAAAUGGAAUUUCAAAGGAGCAAGUUGAAGCCAAACUCAAGGAAAUCAUAACUCAGGCUCAAUCUUCUGGCACACUGGACACCAGAAACUGGCAGACGUAUCUUCUACCCCAGCAGAUACUACAGCAAGAACGAACGCGUGUACUUCUUGCCCCAAUUCCGUCUCCUUAUGUUCCUCCACCUUUUCCAUCCGGGGAUCCCAGCCAUACAUCGCAUCAAUCUCAAUCCCAUGCACCACGUAAACGGAAGUCAACCGAACUUUCAACUGAGGGAGACCAUGUUAGUACUCCGCCAUGGAGGAUGAAUGCCCAGCCAUCUGGAUCUUUGGCAGACCGGGUUUCGUUCAAUCGCAAUGAGAAGCGAGCCAAGGUUGACACGAGCCAAUUCGUAAGUAAUAACAACUCAACCUUGGUGGAGUCGCGCAGAAAAAGAUUUGAGAAUGUUCGAAAUGGGUCAAAUUCUCCGCGAACGCAAGAGUCAUCAAGAGGAGGUUCCCCCGAGCCCCAAUCAACAGGCCCCGUUGUUGGUCGUUCCCAGAAGCUAGAAAAGAACUAUUUCAGACUGACCUCGGCGCCCAACCCGGAUGACGUGCGACCUCUCGAAGUGCUCAAGAAGACGUUGGAGCUUCUGAAGAAGAAAUGGCGAGCUGACGCAAACUAUGCCUACAUCUGCGACCAAUUCAAGUCUCUGCGACAAGAUUUGACGGUCCAACAUAUCAAGAAUGAUUUCACGACUAGCGUUUACGAAUACCAUGCCCGCAUUGCCCUGGAGAAGGGUGACCUGGGUGAGUAUAAUCAAUGCCAGACACAACUGCGAGCAUUGUACAACCAGAAUCUGGGAGGUCACCCUGUGGAAUUUACCGCAUAUCGUAUUCUCUACUUUAUCCACACCUGCAACCGGACUGACAUGAAUGACGUGCUCUCUGAUCUAACUGAGGCAGACAAGAAAGAACCAGCCAUCAAACACGCACUUGAGGUGCGUUCAGCACUGGCGUUGGGCAACUACCACAAGUUCUUCAAAUUGUACCUGACUGUUCCCGCGAUGGGGGCGUACUUGAUGGACAUGUUUGUAGAGCGAGAAAGACUGGCAGCGCUGGCAUGCCUGUGCAGAUCGUACAAACCGGAUGUAAAACUUCGCUUCAUCACCGAAGAGCUCGGCUUCGAGACUGACGAAGAGGCAUGUCAAUUCCUCCUCGACCAUGUGCCUGAAGAGUCUCCAACAUUAUUGGAAGAACGCGACGGCGACGUGCGCUUUCUCACAGGCAAAGCUGGAUCGAUUUUUCACGUAGCAAAGACCAACGCGUUUGGUCAUGUGGACAUCAAGGGUCAAAUCUGAGGUAACAGGGUUGACGACGGCAUCGCAUUUUCUUGGAGCGUCUCUUCUUUCCAGAGCAUUGUUUUUGAUCACUGCUCGAGCAUUAUUUAACCCUGCCGACCGGCUAGGGACGGUUCCUGAGCGGCAUAUUUUGCUUUUACUUGAGCGGACAUGUGUACAGUGUCAGCCACCUAGGCGGAACUCGUCACAUGAAAACAACAUGGGAAAUGGGAUUGAAUUUGAUAUUGAUACAGUGGGAUGACGGAUCGCAGACGAGCACUUGUGGCUGCCGUCACUUAUGAGUGUUUGGCGGGUGCCAACAGACGCCCAGAGCGACUUUUGAUCUGAUUAGGAGUUCAGACCCAGGCAUGGACAUAUUAUCCUACCUUGUCGAGACCUCUUCAGAAUUCACAUGGUGCCAAGUUGGGCUGUUGAGGUGUUGUGGGUGUUUUAAUACUCUUUGCCUGGACAGACCUAAUAUGACG